AUGACUAUUGGAAGGGUCACCGUAACUGUGAUGAAGAGGAUCGUACAUGACGAAGGCUACAUUGAGUCGUCAUGGCAAGUAGAAACUGAAGCGAAACGGUAUGAAAUAAGGCAUCUGCAGCUUACGACGUGGCCUGAUCACUCUGCUCCAUACGACUCUGAACCAGUAAUUAUUGUCUAUAAGGAACUUCUGAGAGAGCAACCAAAAACUCCGAUUGUCAUACACUGUUCAGCAGGAGUUGGGCGAACUUGCACAUUUGUUGGUAAGAUGCAUACCGUUAUUUAG